CCUGCACGUGAUCGGGUCGGGUUCGUUAAGAAGCGGGAAAUCCCUCAAAUUCAAAUUUCAAACCCUUAUCCCUUCAAUUAAAUUCAAACAGUGCUCCAAAUUUCAAAUUUUUCACAACGAAAACCAAAAUUCUCUAUCUCAGAGAUGGAUUUGGAAAAUAUGAAAAGGAAACAACUACAAGCAUUAUGCAAAGAACAUGGAAUUCCUGCAAAUUUAACCAAUUUGGAAAUGGCCGACAAGCUUUCUUCACUUCUUAAGGUAAAUGAUGAAAAACCCUUAACUCGAGGGCGAUCAUGUUUAAAGAUGUUGGAUGUGAAUGAGUCUGAUGUUGUUAAUAGGAAGGUAAAGAAAGUGAAGUUUAGUCCUGAUAAUGAAGUUAUUGAGUUUACGAGAUCGGCUCAAGUGAAAAGGGGAGGGAGGCGGAAGAUAAUGUUGUACAAGAACAAUUUGGAUGUUAGGAGUGAUGGGUUAAAAGUAGGCAUUUUGGAUAGUCCAGUUAGGGUUACUAGGUCGCAGGGAGUGAAUAUAGAAGAUGGUGUUACUGAGAAAAAGGGAAGGACAAGGCAGGUGAAAGAUAGUGCAAUUUCAGUGAAUAAGAGUAAGGAUGAAGUUGGAGUGACCACAAAAAGAACAUUGAAGAACAAGGAAGUAGUUAUUAUACAGGAAAAGAGGGAAGAAAAUGAGGGAACGAAUGAUGGUGUACGGAUUAGUAGAAGAGUAAGAAGUCGAAAAAAUGCUAAAGAGAGUGUAGAGGAUUCUCAAGAGGAGCCGAAGAUGGAUGGAAGUGAAAAGGUAAUUGAUAGGGAAGAGAAGAGGGACAAGAAAGUGACAUUCGUUAGUGGUGGUCACAUGGAUGAGUGCACAAAGUCUGAAACAAAAGCCAAGGAGCUGAAAAGAGUAACGAGAAGAAAAUCUAUGGCUCAUAAUCAGACCUUGCCUGUUCAAAUUGAGGUUGAUGCUGAAGUAAGGGAGGAGGUUGCGGAGAAGCCAGCUCGGGUUACAAGGUCUCGGAACUUGAAACCAGUUGAGGAUAAUGUCAGUAACAAAAGGAACCGGACUAGGGGUAAGAAAGCCAUUGAGACAAGUGAGGAAUUGCUUUGUACUGAAUUUGUUGAAUCUUCAGUUGAAGCUGUCAAAGAUGAAGUUAGAGUAAUCACAAGAGGGUCUCGGCAGAAUAGUGUUGUGGAGGCACCCGAAAAGGCUUUGAAGAGGUCUGGAAGGAUAGCUAAUAAGGAUAAGGGUUCAAGGUUGAGUGAUGAUAUUACUAAAGAAAAGAUGGUUACUAGGGGUAGGACAAGAAAUCAGUUUAGCUCGACUGUAGUAGCUUCAACAUCGGAAAGUGGAACCAAAAUUGUUGAAUCGAAGGGGAAACAUGAAGUGGUUCUUCAACUUGAAGAACCUGUAGAAGUUCCUCCUAGAAGAUGUGAUAGGCGCAAAUCUGUUUUGCCUUUGGAGAAAUUGAGAGGUGAUGAAGUUGCGGCCAAGAAGGAGAAAAGAAAUUUCUUAAAUGCUAAUGAUGAUGAGGUAAGGCAAAAAGUCACAGAAGAAGAACCAGAAGAACCCCAGAAGGCAUUGAAGCGGUCAAAAAGGCUUGCUACACAAGUGGAAGAUUCAGUAUUGGCCAAAGAUGACAUUGCUGAAAAUAAAAUAGAUAGACCAACUGAAUCUCAAGGGACUCUUGAAGUGGUUCUUCAAACUGGAGAAGUUCCUAUCAGAAGUAAUAGGCGCAAAUCUGUUGUUCCUUCUUUGGAGAAAGUAAGAAGUGAUGAAGUUGUGGUUGUAAAGGAGAAAAAAACCUUAAAUGCUAAUGAUGGUGAGAUUGGAAGUAAAAGGACAAAGGAAGAACCCCAGAAGAUUUCAAAGCGGUCUAAAAGGCUUACUAAUCAAAUGGAAGAUCCUGUACUUGCUAAACAUGAUAUUGCUGAAAAUAAAUUAGAAGAGAGGAGAUUGUCAAGAAGGAAUGUUGCUAAUGCAAAUCUAGACACCAAGAUAUUGGACAGAUCAGUGCAAGAAGAAACUUCUGUGGUAAAAGAAGAGAGGAGACGUUCUGGAAGGAGUGCUUCUAGACAUACACUUGCAGCAGUUUCAGAUGAUAAGAAGGAAAAGGGUGGGAAUAAGCUGACAAAGAGAAAUUGCACUGUUCAAGAUAAAGAUUCUACCAACAAGUUCACCCUUCAAGAUUUAGACUCGGCGAAACAGUCCAUAAGUAGUUCAAAGGCAAGUGUCAGGGCAUCAGUUGUUAAAAAGACAAGUACUGCAGGGAAGAAGCAGCAGGGUCGACUUAAAAGAUCAAAUGUGGAAGUAGAAGUACUCAUGCCUGAGGACAUGGAAAUAGUCAGAGAACCUGACAAUAAAGAUUGUAAUAUCUCAGGGUCAGGAGGUACAAUGAGCUUCUCAAGAUCAUCUCUGAAUGAGCUAGAUGCUGUCCCAGAUGAUGUCAAUAUAGUUCUCGCUGGCACCAAGGAUGACGCAACUGCUGAGUCGAGCAUCCUAGCUGACAAAUUAACUGAAGAAGGACCACUUGUAGAUGCAAAUUCUUCUCCAUCUGCAAAUAAAUCCGCAUCGAAAUCUCUUCCAUUCAGUGAUCCAUUCAACUCUGACGCUAGACCUGAGGAAAACCUAGUUGAGGACCUUUUGCAGGUUGACCACGAGGAGCAGCCUGCAAGCAAAGGCCUAUGUCCUAGUUCUGUUUUGGCUGAUGAUGCAGUUCCAAAUGACCUAACUUUUGACAAACAGGAGCCUGGUGCAACAGUAGUAGAUAAUGUAGAAGAAUUUGUCACAGGAUUAUCUAAUGACGUUUUUGAUAAUUGUUCACUAAGCCAGAGUAAUAAUAUGGGAGAGAUCUUUGAUUCUGGAACUAAGGAUGAUGCAGCUGCUGAGUCAAGCCCCCAAGCUGACAAAUUGAUUGAGGAAGGACCACUUGUUGAUGCAAAUGCUUCCCCAUCUGAAAAUAAUUCCAUAUCUGAACCAUUCAGUGAUUCAUUCAACUCCAAUGCUACACCCAAGGAGAACCUAGUUGAGGAACUUUUGCAGUGUGAUCAUGAGGCGCCUGCAGGCAAAGAUCUAUGUCCUAGUCCAAUUUUGGCUGAUGAUGCUGUUCCAAAUGAAAUAACUUCUGACAAACAGGAGCAUGGUUCAAUAGCAGCACAUAAUGCAGAAGGAUUGUCUGAUGAAGUUCUUGAUAAUUGUUCACCAAUCCAGAGUGAAAAUAUGGAAGAAAACCUUGAUUCUGGCUUUAAAGAACAAUCGGAGACUGGAUGUGUUGUUACUGAAGGAGUAAGUCAUGGUGAACAGGAGCCUGCAAGCAAAGUCCUAUGUCCUGGUUCUUCUUUGGCUGAUGAUGCAGUUCCAAAUGACAUAAUUUCUAACAAACAGGAGCAUGAAACAGUUGAGGCAGAUAAUGCCGAAGAAGUUGACACGGGUUCAUUUAAUGAAGUUCUUGAUAAUAUGGAACAGCACUUUGAUGCUGGCUUGAAAGAACAAUCAGUGACUGGAUGUAUUGUUAUGGAGGGGGUAACUUAUGGUGAACAGGAGCCUGAAAGCAAAGGCCUAUGUCCUAGUUCUGUUUUGGCUGAUGAUGCAGUUCAAAAUGACAUAACUUCUGACAAACUGGAGCAUGGUGCAAUUGCAGCAGAUACCGCAGAAGAAUUUGACUCAGGAUCAUCCAAGGAAGUUCUUGACAACUGUUCAGUAAACCAGAGUGAUAAUAUGGAAGAGAAGCUUGAUUCUGGUUUUAAAGAACCAUCAGAGACUCGAUGUAUUGUUUCUGUUGGUGUGAAUUAUGGUGCACAAGAGCUAACUGCAACGGACUAUGCAAAAGAGUUGGAUGCGGGGUUGUCUAGUAAUGUUUUGUUGGAUAAUCUAGGUUCUUUCAAUCAUAGCAAUGAGAUGGAAGGCAAAAUUUCUGAAGCAGAAGCUGAAUCUGAUCUAGUGGAAGCUAAUUAUGAUCUAGAUGCACCCACCUUCACAAGUCAAGGUGAAAUUCAUGCAGAAGAAUGUGGAAACUUGGAGGUGGCUGCUUCCGAGAAAACCGUUUCAAGUCCCAUAAAAGCAGUUCUAGAUCUUCAAGUUGCAGAACCUGGUAUUCUUGGUGAUGGCAUCACAUUACAUGUAACUCCAUUAGAGGACAGUGAUGAAGAGAAGCAAGGCGAAGAGUUAAAAAUUUUGUUUGCCACUCCUGGUUAUGUUUCACAUUCUAAAGAAGAAAAGAAAGCUUCUUUGGAUGGUGAUUCAAGGGACGAGGGUCUCAACAGAGAGGGGCAAGUUUCUCCAAUUAGUGGUAAUGAUACAUCAAGUCUCCAAAAUUCUGUCCGUGAUUGUGGUGAACAUGGCCAAGGAGAGUAUCUGAAAAGAUUGUUUGCCACACCAUUUGGUGGUAAAAGCAGCAAGGUAGAUAUAGCAACUAGUAUUGCGAUUAAUGAGACAAGCAGUCAAUACCAACACAGUUUCCAUGAAAAUGAGAACAUGGGGGAAGAUCUUAAAGGUUUGUUUGCUACGCCCUCUGUUGUUUCACAAUCUGUUGGAGACCUGCACUACCUUUUUCAAAAUCAAUUGAGUGGAGAAGCAAUGACCUCUAGAAGACUUGGCUCAAGCGGAAAAGAAAAUUUAACUGAAUCUGUCAGGAGUUUGAUUGAGAACAAGCAAGUGGAACAAGUAAGGACUUCAUUUGCCUCACCAGUCUCUGUGAAAUGCACUAACCAAGAGACUACUUCUACCAAAGGAAAGUGUAGCCCAAGUCAUGAAAUGCAAUCUUAUAUUUGCAGUGGAGUGGAAAGAGAUCUCAGUGAAUCUGUUUCUGAACAGCAAAUGGUGCCGGAGAUCAAUCAGAGCAGUCCAAACGAAAGUGCUUCUCCUAUUUCAGAGCCUACAUAUGAUGAUAUUGGAUUUUCUGAACAACAAAUGUUGACAGAGAUCGAUAAGAGCAGUCUCGGGAACAUUAACACAUCUGAUGCUUUUAAUGAUGGUACUGAAGAUCACUUGAGACUGCAGUUUGCCACCCCAAUCAAAGAAGCAAAUCCUUCCAGAUUGGGUGAAGCUUCUAGUUGUCAAUUGAAGACAGCAAUGAUUGCAAUGACUUCUGAAAUGGCUGGUAAGCAGCCUAAGCAAGGGUUUGAAUUUUCUGGAGAACCACUUACUGUAGAGAUUAUUAGUGGAGGUUCUGAUAGAACAAAAAGAUCUCAUUUCUCCAAAGAGAUUGAACAAUUUGAAGGAGGGCCUCUGUUUCCUACACCAUCAAAAGGUACACGUCCACUACAGUUUGAGGAAAGUCCUGGUUGUGAGGAAGAUAUCUUCAAGUAUCUAGAUGGUGUUAAGCUCCUUAACACUCGGGAACAAAAUUUUGAACAGCACGGAGAUCGUCAAUUUUCAAAUGAAAUAACUGAUGAUACAGGUGAAGCUACACUUCAUUGGUUUCAAACAAACGAUGACAAUGUUCCCAGACAGACAGAACUGGAGACACAGAAAGAAAUUGAUUCUGCCUGGCUGUUCGAGCCCUUGCAUGAGGAAGGGGAAGUCACAGAAGAUGAUGCUCUGGCUAAGGGCAAGGAAGACAAUCAUCCUGUACCAUAUCAAGAAUCUAUUGAAGACGAAUUAAUUAACACUGAUGAAUCAGCAAAAAGUGGUGCUGUAAGUGAUGCAGUUUGCCAACAACCUAACAUUCUUUUAACUGACAUCAAAACUGAGAACAUAACUCAGGAGAGCACAAGGAAGACCGAUGGCUUUUCCGUUAGUGCUGAAAGUGGAAUUCUUGAAUUUGAUGCUGAAUCCACUGCAUUAAGAAGUCAGGAACCGAUUAUCAUCACAGUAGAAGAGACUAAGGGAGAGGAAGUGCAAAGAUUAGAAGUGAGCAAUAUCAGUAAUGCUUUCCUAGAGAAUAUUCCCAAUGAUGAUGAAUAUGCAAAAAACAAUUCAACAGUUUUGCCUGCUGAUGAGCAGAUCCAUUUUAUAGAACAUUAUGCGAUAGAAAAUGCUUCGAGCACUGAGGGGUUUACUGCUUUCACAAAUGAAUGUCAACAUGUUACUAAGGAAGAUGAUCUUGCUGCUGAGGGGGACAUACUUGUUAUAUUUGAAUCAAAUGAGAGCACGCCUACGAUUGUUAACAAUUCAGGUCUCACCACACAAAUGGACAUGCCUGGAAUAUUCACAGAAGAGCCUCAGCGUGUAAGUGAUCAAGAGAAGUCAAGUGCAGCUAAGCAACAAGAUGAGGAUUCUUUUGAUAAAAAGGAGCAUGAAUCAACCGGAGCAGUGUUAUCACCUUCUUCUAGAUCUCAUGAAAGCAUUAGCUUUAUUGAGGAAGGCAUUGCUGGUGAAGGUACAUUGAUAUUUGAGAAAAAGGAUGAGUUGGCUGAAAAGAAAGUAGCUUUAACCCCAGCAGCAGGUGUGGCUAAAACAUCUUUUGCCAAGCACUUGAACUCCACUGUGAAAAAGAAGAAUGCCAGAAGCAUUCUGAUACAUGGAACCCCUAACAAACUAACUCAGAUAGCUGACAUGAAAGAAAAUGCUCCAAAUGUUAAAGGAGAUAUCGGCACUUUAACUGCGUUAAGGCCUGAUAAACGAACUGCUUUGAAAGACCUCCCAAGGAAAUAGAAGAAACAUGUGUGUAAAUCUUGUGAGUUUUUUUCUGUUUUGAUUGUCCUGGUUUGAUGAUUGCUGCAUAUCUCAUGGCCUAUACUUCUGUUACAUGAGAACAAAUAGGUUGUGUAAUUAUGUCAUUUUUAUGUUAUUCCAUGGGAUUGACAUUGUAACUGUCCUGAUUUUUUUGGUAAAAGAUUGAUUGACAAGAAUGUAAGGAUUUUAUUACCCAAAUCUCA